AGUGAGAAAACAUAAAAUUAAAGCUUGGCCAACACAAAGUAACCGUUAAGACUUAAAGAGCGCUCCUAAUAUUUCAUCAAAAUCCAUUACCUACUAAUAGCUUGCUUUCAUUCUCCCACCACAAAACCCUUUCUCUGCUUUUCAACAGAGGCGUUUGUUCUGUACUUGGGGGAUAAUAUACAGUCUUCCUCUUCCUCCAGUUGAAGCUCAAGCAAAAAAAAAAAGAAAAAAGAAGAGAGCAAUCAUGGAAUCGAUAACACAAAGAAGAAAGAGUGGAAUUAACCUUCCAUCUACCAUGUCGGAAACCUCUCUUCGACUUGACACGUUUUCUUCUCCUCCCAGCACAAAGCGAACAACAACCAAUUUGGCAUCAUCCCCAAUGUCGAACAGGUCUCCUCGAACUAUAUCGAAUCUGUCAUCAUCACCGUCAUCUAAAUCUACAAGUUGUAGUGACAGAUUCAUUCCGUGUAGAUCUUCUUCGAGGUUACACACAUUUGGGCUGGUGGAGAAGGCGUCUCCGGUGAAGGAGGGAACCAACGAUGCAUACUCAAGGUUGUUGAAAUCUGAGCUUUUUGGGUCUGAUUUUGAUUGUUUCUCUUCUCCUGCAGGAACAAAAGGAGCCAGCUCUCCCAUGAGUCCUAGUAAGAAUAUGCUGAGGUUCAAGACGGAAAAUUCAGGGCCUAAUUCUCCUUUUCCCCCUUCUGUUUUGGGGCACACAGACAAUUUUCUCUCUAUCGAGGUUUCUACCCCUCCUAAACCCCCUAGGAAAGUGCCCAAGACACCUCACAAGGUUCUGGAUGCACCAGCACUUCAAGAUGACUUCUACUUGAACCUAGUUGAUUGGUCCUCUCAGAAUGUCCUUGCUGUUGGCCUAGGAACUUGUGUUUAUUUAUGGACAGCCUCAAAUAGUAGAGUAACAAAAUUGUGUGACUUAGGGCCCACUGAUAGUGUCUGCUCAGUCCAAUGGACCCGCGAGGGGUCGUAUAUAUCAAUCGGUACAAGUCUUGGGCAAGUUCAGGUUUGGGAUGGAACUCAAUGCAAGAAAGUUAGAAUAUUUGGUGGACAUCAGACAAGAACUGGAGUCCUUGCAUGGAGUUCACGCAUCCUAUCAUCUGGUAGCAGAGAUAGAAACAUCCUUCAGCAUGAUGUUCGUGUUCCAAGUGAUUUUGUUAGCAAAUUUGUCAGUCACAAAUCUGAGGUAUGUGGGUUGAAAUGGUCUCAUGAUGAUAGAGAGCUUGCAUCUGGGGGAAAUGACAAUCAGCUCUUAGUGUGGAAUCAGCGAUCUCAGCAACCAGUUUUGAAGCUAACGGAGCAUACAGCCGCUGUCAAGGCCAUUACCUGGUCCCCUCACCAAUGUGGCCUUUUGGCCUCAGGAGGAGGAACAGCUGAUCGGUGCAUUCGCUUUUGGAACACAACCAAUGGCAAUCAGUUGAACCAUGUCGAUACAGGAAGCCAGGUAUGCAAUCUAGCCUGGAGUAGAAAUGUGAAUGAGAUAGUUAGCACACAUGGGUAUUCCCAAAACCAAAUCAUGGUGUGGAAGUAUCCAUCAAUGUCAAAGGUUGCCACUCUAACUGGCCAUAGUCUGCGCGUCCUAUAUCUUGCCAUGUCACCUGAUGGCCAGACAAUAGUAACUGGAGCAGGAGAUGAAACGCUGCGCUUUUGGAAUAUAUUUCCCUCAGUAAAAACUCCUGCAGCAGUGAAGGACACAGGACUAUGGUCUUUAGGAAGGACGCACAUUCGGUGAUGGAGCUGAUAUAGUAAUGUUGCUGUAAAUGGAACUGGAGAACUCUGUGUAGAUUGAAGGAAGACACAAACAACAAAAAGAAAAGAUAUUCAUACUAUUCUUUUUGCAAAUAUGCUCGUCAAACAAACUCCCAGAAGAAUAAGAUAUGCUUUUAUUAAAACGUUUUGUCUCUUGGAUCAACUGUGCUGCUUCUGUCUAAAUUUGGGGCUUACACUAGGAGCCACAAUCACUCCAGAAGCCCAGCUGCCCCUUAUAAGAUUAUAAUUUCACUAAGCUAUUAUUUACAUUGUUAGUCUAGCAUUCAGUUAAAAUAUGAUGAAAAUUAUCCUAUUUGUUUAUUGUAACUUAUAAGAUUAUAAUUUCACUAAGCUAUUAUUCA